AUGGCGGACACUCUAGCUGCUCUCAGAUCUUUGAUGGCCUCUCACUCUCCAUCUCUCGAUGCCUUGGUCGUCCCUUCCGAAGAUUAUCAUCAGAGUGAGUAUGUAUCUGCACGGGACAAAAGGAGGGCAUUCGUAUCCGGAUUCACUGGAAGCGCUGGGUUGGCACUAAUCACAAUGAAUGAAGCACUGCUGUGGACUGAUGGGCGGUACUUCUUGCAAGCAACCCAGGAGCUUAGUGACCAGUGGAAGCUCAUGCGUAUGGGAGAAGACCCAGCUGUAGAUACCUGGAUGGCAGAUAAUCUGCCAAAAGAUGCAGCUGUUGGUGUUGAUCCUUGGUGCAUAUCAGUGGACACUGCACAUAGAUGGGGGCGUGCUUUUACCCAAAAACAACAACAAUUGGUGCAGACAUCCACAAACCUGGUUGAUGAAGUUUGGAAAAAUCGGCCUUCAGCUGAAAUCAAUCCUGUUAUUGUACAUCCCUUAGAAUUUACUGGCCGUUCCAUUGCAGAAAAGUUGGAAGAUUUGAGAGAAAAGCUCGUUAAGGAGAAAGCUCGUGGUAUUAUAAUCACGGCCCUUGAUGAGGUUGCUUGGUUGUAUAAUAUUCGCGGGAGUGAUGUGUCUUAUUCUCCGGUUGUUCAUGCAUUUGCUAUACUUACUUCGAAAUCGGCUUUCUUUUAUGUUGACAAAAGAAAGUUGUCUUCUGAGGUGAACUCCUAUAUGGCGGACAAUGGAAUUGAAGUACGGGACUAUGGUGUAGUCAGUUCAGAUGUGGUGUUGUUGGCAUCUGAUCAGCUCACUUCCUCUUCAGCAUAUCAUACUCAAUCUGAUGUUCCAAAGGACAUGUACGUUAAUUCCUGUGAGACUGGGAUAACAAGAGAUGGUACAAAUGAAGCAGAAGAUAGUAGUCAUAACCUAAUAUGGGUUGACCCUGGCGCAUGCUGCUUUGCUUUGUAUUCAAAACUAAACUCUGAUAAGGUCCUCCUGCAGCAGUCACCUCUUGCCCUUGCAAAAGCUAUCAAGAAUCUGCCAAAAGAUGCAGCUGUUGGUGUUGAUCCUUGGUGCAUAUCAGUGGACACUGCACAUAGAUGGGGGCGUGCUUUUACCCAAAAACAACAACAAUUGGUGCAGACAUCCACAAACCUGGUUGAUGAAGUUUGGAAAAAUCGGCCUUCAGCUGAAAUCAAUCCUGUUAUUGUACAUCCCUUAGAAUUUACUGGCCGUUCCAUUGCAGAAAAGUUGGAAGAUUUGAGAGAAAAGCUCGUUAAGGAGAAAGCUCGUGGUAUUAUAAUCACGGCCCUUGAUGAGGUUGCUUGGUUGUAUAAUAUUCGCGGGAGUGAUGUGUCUUAUUCUCCGGUUGUUCAUGCAUUUGCUAUACUUACUUCGAAAUCGGCUUUCUUUUAUGUUGACAAAAGAAAGUUGUCUUCUGAGGUGAACUCCUAUAUGGCGGACAAUGGAAUUGAAGUACGGGACUAUGGUGUAGUCAGUUCAGAUGUGGUGUUGUUGGCAUCUGAUCAGCUCACUUCCUCUUCAGCAUAUCAUACUCAAUCUGAUGUUCCAAAGGACAUGUACGUUAAUUCCUGUGAGACUGGGAUAACAAGAGAUGGUACAAAUGAAGCAGAAGAUAGUAGUCAUAACCUAAUAUGGGUUGACCCUGGCGCAUGCUGCUUUGCUUUGUAUUCAAAACUAAACUCUGAUAAGGUCCUCCUGCAGCAGUCACCUCUUGCCCUUGCAAAAGCUAUCAAGAACCCUGUUGAGUUGGAUGGGUUGAAGAAGGCACACAUUCGGGAUGGUGUUGCUGUUGUGCAGUAUCUUGCCUGGCUGGAUAAGCAGAUGCAGCAAAUUUAUGGGGCUUCUGGAUACUUUAAGGAGGCAGAGUGCAUAAACAGGAAGAAAGCGGAAACUAUGAAGCUAACAGAAGUGUCUGCAAGUGAUAAGCUAGAAGGUUUCCGCGCAUCUAAAGAGCAUUUUAGAGGGUUGAGUUUUCCUACUAUUUCAUCAGUUGGUCCGAAUGCAGCAAUUAUCCAUUAUGGACCCAAUGCAAAAACAUGUGCUGAACUUGAUCCAAAUAGCAUCUACCUAUUUGAUUCUGGAGCACAGUAUCUAGAUGGAACUACUGAUAUAACACGAACUGUUCACUUCGGAAAACCUUCAGCACAUGAGAAAGCAUGUUAUACAGCGGUUCUCAAAGGUCACAUUGCUUUGGGUAAUGCUCGGUUUCCCAAUGGAACCAACGGGCAUGCUCUUGAUAUCCUUGCUCGAAUUCCUCUGUGGAAGGAUGGUCUUGAUUACAGACAUGGCACUGGUCAUGGAAUAGGGUCUUACUUAAAUGUUCAUGAAGGACCCCAUUUAAUUAGUUUUAGACCACAUGCGCAGAAUGUGCCUUUACAAGCUUCGAUGACUGUUACAGAUGAACCUGGUUAUUAUGAAGACGGGAAUUUUGGUAUAAGAUUGGAGAAUGUGCUUAUAGUCAAGGACGCUGAUACAAAGUUCAAUUUUGGUUACAAGGGUUAUCUAUCUUUUGAGCACAUAACUUGGGCACCAUAUCAGAGAAAGUUAAUUGACUCGAAGCUUUUGGCACCUGAAGAAAUAGAUUGGGUGAACACCUACCAUUCCAAGUGCAGGGAAGUCCUAGCCCCAUAUUUGGAUGGCACUGAGAUGGCAUGGCUGAAGGAAGCAACUGUGCCCAUUGGUGCCUGA